AUGUAUUAUCAGUUGCAACGUUAUCAACUAAAACGUCCGGUUGAAGUUUAUCGAUGCCAGUUAAUGUCAAACGCUGAAAUAGAAUAUCUUCGGCAAAACACUGGCCAGUUUGUUUCUGUGAACUCGUUUCUUUCUACUACUACCGAUCGUAAAGUAGCUAAAAUGUAUAUCCCUGGCGCAGGUCAACAUGAUACUUUAGAAAGAGUUCUAUUCGUGAUCACUGCGGAUCCUGCAGUAGUCGAGACAAAACCAUUUGCUGACAUAAGUAAGAUUAGCCAUUUUACUGACGAAGCAGAGGUACUUUUUAUGCUUGGUUCUAUUUUUCGUAUCAAUUUCAUCAAUCGUGAUGGCGAUAAAAUCUGGAACAUUCACAUGUCCUUAUGUAGUGAUGAUGAACACAGUUUGAAGCCAAUUCUUGAACGCAUGAAGAAACAAAUAGGUACCGAAAAGACGACUCUAUACACAUUGGGUAAAGUGUUAUGGAUGAUGGGCAAAUUCGAUUUGGCUUACAAAUACUACAAUCGUUGUAUAAAUGAACUUCCGGAAAAGGAUCCAUCACGUCUGGCUGCGUAUAAAGAUCUUGCUAUCAUUACUUCUAUGCAAAAUAACUAUGAUGAAAGUUUAUACUGGCAUCAACAAUCACAGCAUGGUAGAAUAGAGUUUUUGGCGACUGGUACCUUCGUUAGCUUAUCUGUGGUGAUCAUUGUGUCAAUAUUGGGAGCCGUUUGUGGAGGAAUAAUUUGUGGUAUUGCUGGAGUGGUCUAUGGUUAUCAUCUGGGAGUUUCCGAACGGAAGAAUACUACAAGCGAUGUUAAUUAUAUAGAAAACAGUCUACGUGGUCUCUUACAAAAAAUUAUUCAAAUAAUAGAUUGUCUAACUGAUUCAGAUCGUACAAUAACUGAAAAACUAAGUGUAUUGAAACACUGUGUUAACGGAAUUUAUAAUGAUUUUAUGAAAUUAAAAGAUAGAGCAAUGCGAUUUGUAACAGAGGUGUUCGUGCCAGUAUUUUUUGCUGCCGCGCAGAUCCAAGCCCGUCGUAGAUAG